AUGAAUCAAUUUAAAUUAGUAAAUUCUAUAAUUAAAGAAACUUUAACAAAGAGUAGUAAUUCAGUAUUAUUAAAAUCAAGUCAAAAGAAUUGUAAAGUCUCAAGUGGAACUAUUAAUAAUAACAUUUUUAGAAAUUCAAAAUUUACAACUUCCAAUUUAACAUUAACAACAUCAACAACUUUAAAUACAAAAAAUUCAAUUUUUAACUUUGAACAAAACAAAAAAACUUUAGGUUGUCUUUUAUUUACUACAACUUUUUUAUUUAAUUCAACAACAACAAAUAACGAUAGUAUUAAAACUUUUUGUACCAAUACUACAACUACUACAACAACAACAACAACAAAUAAUAAUAAUAAUAAUAGUAAUAUAAAUAUAAUGAUUGAUACAAUGACUAUAAAUGAUGCUAGUGCUGCUUCAACCUCUUCUACAGUUGCUGAAGAUUGUCUAAGUACUACUAUUGAUGCUACAGCCACUAUUACAGAUACAACAACUAAUCAUAAAACAUAUGUAGAUGAAGCAAUGCAAGAUAGAGAAAUGAGAGAUCAAAAUAAUAAUAGCAAUGAUGAUAGUACAGAUGAAAUUAAUAAUAUAGAUAAAAAUAAAAGUAAUAAUAUAGAUAAAGAAGAACAAGAGCAAGAAGAAGAAGAAGAAGAAGAUAAUACAAAUACAAAUAUAACAUCAGAUGAUGAUGAAACAAAUCAAAUAAUAAAUAAUAUAAAUAAUAUAAAUAACUAUAAUAGUGAAGAGUGUAUAGGUGGUGAAGGUAAUUUUCAUUUAAAUUCUGGAGUUUGUGUUAUUCCACAUCCAAAUAAAAGACAUAAAGGAGGUGAAGAUGCAUAUUUUAUUAGUAUAGAUCAAAAUGUAAUUGGUGUUGCAGAUGGUGUUGGUGGAUGGGGUGAUGUCGGUAUUGAUCCAUCAGAAUAUUCAAAUACAUUAAUGAAAGGUUCAAAGAUUGGCGCCGACUCACAAAAAGUUGAACGUGAUCCACUCAUUAUCAUGGAACAAGGCUACCAAUACGCCCAAGACGUCAAGGGUAGUAGCACAUGUUGUAUAGUGGUUUUAUCAGCCACCAAUAAUAUAUUAUCAGCAAAUCUUGGUGAUAGUGGCUUUUUAGUGAUUAGAAAUAAUGAGGUUAUCUUUAGAACUCGUGAACAACAACACGCUUUCAAUAUGCCAUUCCAAUUGGGUACUCAAUCAAUUGAUCGUCCAAUUCACUCUAUAACCGCAAGUUUCCCAGCUGAGAAAGGUGAUUUAAUUAUAAUGGGUACUGAUGGUGUUUUCGAUAAUCUCUUUGAUGAUGAAAUCUUGGAAAUCGGUGAAAAAUAUGAUGACCCACAAAUCAUAGCACGUCAAGUCGCUAAAAGAGCUUUCGAAGUUGGUUGUUCAACAACUAUCUAUACUCCUUUCGCUAAAAAUGCUGGUCACAAUGGUUACAUUUAUAAUGGUGGUAAAUUAGAUGAUAUCACUGUAGUUGUAGGUUUGGUUGAUGAUGGUCCACUUAGACCAGUUAAACCAGAUUUAUUAUUAUUAGAUGAAGAAGUUGCUCAAUAA